CUCAUGCCUUCCUCCAGUCCUGUGGCAAAGUCAUCAUUCUCUAGGAGGAAGAAAGAGAAAAGCAGGACGCUGGGGUGUUCCUUGCAGGUUUGGGCUGGUCCCCGAGGGAUGGGGGGCCAUGGAUCUGACUGCCACAGCCUGGUUCAGCUCCACUUCCUGCAGCCACCUCGUCCUGGCCGUGCUGCCUCCACCCCUCUUCUGUACUCCCACCAUGCAUGCUCAUUUUUUAGGUUUCCUCCAGGUUAUCCUAACUUCUCACUGGUCUCCCUCUCUCCUCUUUGCGGGUCCUCCAGUCCACCUUCCACUCUGCAAUCAGAGUGAUCUUUCUAUGAGGCAUGUCUGACAAGCCAGUCUGCAGAGCUUAAAGCUCUUCAGUGGUUGCUCUUGGGGUGAAAUCCACCCUUUAACUUGCCAUGCAAGGCUCUUCUUGGUUUGAUGUCAAUUCAGCUGUGCACCACUGGUUUCUUCUAUAUAUACCUCCUUCCAUCCAGCACACGGACUUAUUUUCUGUUUCCCAUACAGGCCAUGCUUUCCCACCUUGGAGCUUUUGUUCACAGAGUUUCUUCCCCUUGGGUGCUACCACUCUCUACUCUAUGUUCAAAUCCUACUUGUCCUCCAUUGCCCAGUUAAAAUAGCACCUUCAACCCAAAGUGUAUACUGCAUAGAGGUCAGAUCUCCCUGAUCUCCCUUCUUUACUUUCUCUACUUCUUUAUUAGAUGUCCUUGUGAACAUGCCUUAUCUCCCCUGCAGAACAGAAAGAGAAGCUAGAAGGCAGAGACUGUGGCUGAUUCAUCUCCAAAUCUCCAGCACAGGCCUGGUUCAGAGGAGAGGCACGGGUAGCACCUGUUGACUAAAUGAUUAUUUGGGCACACAGUUCUCAGGCACACAUGCCUGUACCCAGAUACAACCCAAGUAUUGCAUCUGCUCUCUGCUACAAUAAUUCUAGCAGAUGAGCCAACCUCCCCCAAGAAGCCGAAGAGUGUCCCUGAGCCAGAGCCCGGUGAUGUGGAAAGUGAAGCCACCUCUCCCCUGUCCUCCGAGUGGACCUCAGUGAGGAUCAGCCCCGGGGGGGACGCACUUGGGCAGGACGUGCUGGCCGUGCGUGUUCUGGUCACCAGCGAUGACAGCAGCUCCGAAACAGAGUCUGACUGUGGCGGUGAGGCCUCCACUGCAGAGCCCUGGGAGGAGGGACCCUGGUGGCCAGAACCCCCACCCUUAGCAAGGCCCCUCACCCGGCACAGCUCCCUGAAGGAGGCGUUCUCUCCACAGGCCCCAGAGGAGUCCACAGCUAUGCAUGCUCUGCAGCGGGCCAACAGUUUCCAGGCUCCAAGGGCAAGCAAAUACCAGAACUGGAGGAGAAAAUUCCAGUCAAAUUUGAUGCCAGUGAACAACAAAAGAACUAUGUUGCCUGCAAAGGAACCUUCUCCUCUUUCUAUCUCCUCAUUGUCUUCCUCAUCUUCCCCACCAUCUUCUUCAUCAUCAGCCAGUGUUCUGGGGAAUGCUGCAGAUUGUUCCUCCCAUCCUCAGGUGAGAGCUUACAACCACGCCUCACAGGUUUCAAGGGAUCAUUUCAGUCCCUCCACCCCAAUCUUCCUGAGGCGAGCCAGAACCCAAGGAGCCUUCGAGGAAAUUCCCCUCUACCUGCCUCAUCACCAGGUCCUGGAGCGAGCAGAGUACUGCCCAGUGAGGCCUGGUGAAGAUGGCCUUCCCCACCCCGAACCACCUAGUCCAGGAGAGAUGGCAUCUCCUGGGUGUAAGGAGGCAGAGGCCCCUUUGGGGGAUACCAGAAGCACCCACAGAGGCCCCCACUCCAUUGGAGGGAAGGACCAGUGCUUGCCAGACCAAGAGCUAUCUCCCAGGGUUGGAGGGCACUCGGGAGAAAGGAAUGUUGGACCCAGGAGAGGAGAUGGAGGCUCCGAGCUGCCAGAGGGGAAGAAGCCAGGCUUACAGAAGUUAGUCCUCACUCACGAGCAGAAGAACAGGUUGCUGGAUUGGAGUGACUCCAACUUGCACCUCGAAGCUGGGGAACGACUUUCCCGGAAGAGUGCUGACAGUGGUGUUGGUGGCUGUGUGCUGAAACCAGUCCGCCCCCUGAGGCUUCCUCAGGCAGCUAGAGAGACACUGCCAGCCCAGGGGGCUCAGGAGAAGACGGGGUGCCCGGCUCAACGGGCUCCAGGGGAGCAAAGUGUGGCUCCUCCCAAGUCCCCUCUGCGGCUCAUAGCAAGAGCCAUCUGGAGGUCUCUGGAGCCCCUCCGCCCCAACCCUGAAGGUGGGAAGAAGGUCUGGGCCAAGCCAGAAUCAAAGACCUUGCCCGCCAACCAGCCGCGUGCCUGGGCUCACCCAUGCAGCCUGCAGAAGACCGGUUUCAGUAAAGACUGGGGUCAGCAGUCCUCAGGAAGGGACAUGGCGAGCAGGCCCUCAGUCUUCUCCCCGGGUUUCCCUGCCACCAGGGCUGCCCAGGCCUCAGACCCUAGUCCCCCUGACCCUGCUCGCUGCACCCCUAGUUUGCCCAACCGGCUGUCCAGGAUCUUUCCUGCGCUCAGAUCCCCCUGCAGCAGCAAGUUCGAAGACGUCCCCACACUCCUGGAGAAAGUGAGUUUGCAAGAGACCUCGCCAGAUGCUUCUAGGGUUCCAAAGAGAAGACUCUCACUCUUUUCCUCCUUCAGACUCAAAGACAAACCUUUUGAGAGUUUUGUCCAAGAAUCCAGACAAGGAAAGGACCUCAGGGAUGGCUGCAGCAGCCCCAAGGGGACGGUGCUGCCUGGGGACAAUGCCCAGCCGCUGGAGAAGUUGUUGCAGCCUCUCAGUGGUGCGUCCCGGGACCAGGCAGUCCAUCCUCCAGCAGCAGCACGAUCAGGCCCCAAGCACAUCCCUGUCAGAGCACAGGUGACGGAGGCUGCCUCCUCGGCUUCUUCCACUACCUCCUCCUCUGCAGAUGAAGAAUUUGAUCCCCAGCCUUCCUUGCGGUCAAAGGAGAGGAAGAUACUUAAAAGAAGAAGGAAGCUGGAAAAAGCAACAAAGCAACUGAUUAAGCAAGAAGAAUUGAAAAGACUUCACAAAGCUCAGGCCAUCCAGAGGCAGCUGGAGGAGGUGGAGGAGUGGCAGAGGGCUUACGAGAUCCAGGGCGUGAAGCUGGAGAAAGCACUGAGAGGAGAAGCAGAUUCAGGCACACAGGACGAAGCACAGCUCUUGCAGGAAUGGUUUAAGCUGGUUCUGGAGAAGAAUAAAUUAAUACGAUAUGAGUCAGAGCUACAGAUCAUGGCCCAGGAACUAGAAUUAGAAGAUCAUCAAAGCAGACUGGAGCAGAAAUUAAGAGAGAAAAUGCUCAAGGAGGAGAGCCAGAAAGAUGAGAAUGAUCUAAAUGAGGAGCAAGAAAUAUUCACUGAGAUGAUGCAAGUGAUUGAGCAAAGGGACAAACUUGUAGAUUCCUUAGAGGAACAACGUGUUAAAGAAAAGGCUGAAGACCAGCAGUUUGAAAGCGUCAUGCUUUCCAGGGGCUGUCCACUGAGCAGGACGUGAGCCGGCCCUGGGCCCUCUCCCUGACACUCUCCUAGUUACCUUUGCAGGAUUUAUCAUAUUAGAACUUAAAUUAGACCCUAAUGCAAUGUUUUUAAAGAAAUUAAAAUUCUCUCCGAUCUACUACAGCUGUCCAAGAUCCUUCAGAGGUUAUAAUGAAGAAAAUACAAAGACUCUUUUGAAAUUGGCAACCAGCUCAGCAGGUAUCUCAGAUUGGAAGUGUCCUUGGCAGACAACCAGCAUUGUUCUCCCGGGCAAGUGACACAGGAGGCUUGACUUUCCUGCUACUUUUAUAAUUUUUCCUCCCAAUUCACUGAGUUAUAUGUCUUGAGAUUUUUGAGAUGCUGCUUUUU